AUGACCCUCUUUAACCCGACCUCGAUCUUGGUGGGCUUCCUCCUGCUCUACCUGUCGUCCUUCUUCGUCUUCGCCAUCGUGCGCAUUGCGACCGGAAUUUCAAUUCAACGCAUCGGUUAUUUUUCCCUCCGACGCAUCGCCUAUGCUCCGCGAGAAGGCCUCCUGAUCGAAAUCCGCGGCCUCGGUUUCUCCUUGCACCCACCGUCCUUCGCCCAGCCGACAUGGAUCAGCAUUCGAUUGACCGACUUGAAGAUCACCCUUGAUACGGCGACUCUGGUCAGAGGGAAAACCGACCCGACUCGAGAACAACUGGGUCCUGCCAGCCCUGGGGGUCCGAAAGAAGACAAUGCGACCCCCGACUCGUCCACCCCACGGAGCAAAACAUGGAGGACCCUGACUCGGGUGAAGGAGCGCCUCAAGAGGCUUCACCGGCAAAUCAAUUGGUUAGCUCUGGUAGAUGUCACCGCAGUCAACACCGCAGUGCAUUUCCUCGAGGCUGGUCAGGUUCAGGUUGGAAUGCUCUCGCUAGCCGUGGAUACCCGGAGUAAGAUGGUGGAGCGGGGCAAGCUAUUCCGCCGCAAGAAGGAUAUGUCUCGAGAGCAGCGACCGGCAGAAUGGAUUAUGAAUGUACAAAAUGUUCUGCUUGCAGUGGAGGGUCGGGAACCAGUCGAGGUAUUGGACAAUGUCGGCGUGAACCUCCACGGUUUACUCUAUAAGGACUUGGAAGGACUUCGAGAUGCAUCUGUGGCGCUGAAGAUUGGGCGGCUGCAUAUCCCUUACGACGACUUCAAUAUUCUCCUGAAGCGUAUCAAGUCGGCCCAGAAAUUAGCCGCAACCAAGGAGCGCUUACCAACCGAGACCGACGACGAGAUGUCAUUCGCAGAUUUCGUGGAGGAAUUGGACAAGCCCGGAAGCAGAGAUAACUCGAUUGUGCAGACUGUUGCAGAUUCGAAAGAGUUUGCCAGCUCUCUUCUCCGUGGUAUCCAAGAGAUCCAAGUUGCCCUCAGUUUCUUCCGACUCUCGCGAGGUCUUCAAUCCCUCUCCGGCCAAGAUCAUCCCGUCUUUCUCAAUGUCGUUUCCCACGAACUUGGCAUCGACCUUCACCGCAUGGAUCAGAAGAGCCCUGAGCACCGCAUGUACUUCCAACGAAAUGACGUUGCCCAUCAGGCUUUACUCGCAGCUAUCUCUCUGUCGGUUAGCCUAGAUGACGACUCGGGCGAGACGAACAAUAUUCUCUACGUCCCCAUGGCUACGACAACAAUCAAGACCACUUUGCCUUCAAAGACAGUCAGCGCCUUCGAUGAACAAAAUAUGGAAGAACGAAACCUGAACGUCCUUUUCGCUAAUUUGGUCAUCACAUCUCCGUCGCUCGACCUGCAACCAAAGCAUGUUUCUCGUCUUUUGAAACUGGCCCAAGCCCGAGCGUCAUCUCCUCGUGCGAAGAAACGAAGCAACCACCAAUUGAUUUCUCGUCUUCUUCCCAAAGCGAGCAUCAAGCUAUCCGUUCAUGAGCCUGUGAUUCGAUUUGUCCUCCCCAUUGAAAAGGAGUCUGGUACUCCCGAUGACUACAACCUUUUAAUUUCGUCCAUCUCGUCCAUCUCGCUCGAUGUCGAAUCCCUGCAUUCUGCCGAAGGUGGUGCACACUACUCACUAUCAUCCGUUUAUCGCGUUGCAUCCCAUAAACUCUACUACCAAACACCCGCCGGAAGCAAGCACAACCUUCUUACUACAGAAAACCUAGAGCUCAAAGCGCACCUCAAUGCAAGCCCAGAAGUUUGCGUCAUUGCAUCGGGAAGUAUCAACGAUUGCUCUGUACAUAUGAUUAACGGCGAAGUCAACCGAGGAAUUCGCCAGGUCCUUGAGGAGUUCCGCACCCACCUCCAAUCACAGAAGCGAGUUCCGAUGCCUUUCAAUGAACGCAAAAUCAGCCCACUGAGAAAAGUCCCACCAUGGCUUUUGUCGUUCUCAUUUGAAUCAACGGGGCUUAGUUUGGAGGUCGCAGGGGUUGACACCCCGGUAUCUGAGAUCUCUCGGGGUGUAUCGCUGCAAUUGCAAUCUUGGUCGGCCGAGUACAAGGCCCAGAAAACCGAGCAUGCAGUGGGCAGUAUUGCCAGACGUCGUACCUCGAGCCAUUCUAUCAUUGGUGACGAAUCACCGUUUAGGUUCCAGCCAACAUCCCCUCCAAAGAGCACACAGCGCGGUGCAGCAGAUGGUAGGCGCCUUGCCUUUCAUGUGCGCGGGUUCGAUGGGUUCGUCAUUGAAUCGGAUGAUUAUCUUGAGCCCGAACCGUUUUUCUCUCUUCCGCGAUUCGAGAUCGCGCUUAGCACACACAGCGACCGCCUUGGGCCUGUUGUCCAUAUCAACUCGGUUUUCAAAGGCAUCUAUCUUCAAUAUUCUCUCUACCGCUUUUACUGCUUAGGUGUGGCGGUUUCGGUGAUACAAGAUGUUUUCUCCCCAUUGCCAUCAAAGGAGUCUGAGCAUACCCAAGGGAAGACGAGAGGAGCUCCAAGCAUAUCUCUGCCGCCUCCCCCUUCAAAUCCAUCGCCUGGAAAGGGUGAGCUGAUUACCGUCGAUUUCAAAGCCACUGUCGUACAGCUCAAAGCGAACCUGCCCAAUGACCCGUCUAUGAUGGUUCAGGUUUACGGGCUCGCAGGUGGCUCCCAGCGACUUUCAACGCCUUAUGUUAAGGCAAAUCUUGUUCGCAUCCAUGCGGAAGCACCUAAACUCAAGGGUGUUUGGGCAAGAAUUGGUAGUAUGAACAACGUCCGGCUAGACUUCCGCAAGAUGAGAAUGAAGCAGGGUGGAAAACUCACGGAGGAGAGAUCUAUUGAUCUGUGGGCAGAUUUCAUUAGGAUAGGUGUUCCUCACCACAUGGUGAUGCAUCGCAUCUUUGACAACUUGAUCAACACUUCGAAGGCAUUCAAGCAGCUUCGACAUCGCUUCAAAAAUCGCUGCAAAGAAUUCGUGUCCACCCGAGAGCCCGAAGAGCCGAAAAAAGUACCGAGAAUAUCUCUCCGCAGCAAAGCUUUACUCUUUGAGUUGGAAGACGAUGCGUUCGAAUGGAAAUUAGGCUGCAUCUACCGCACUGGCCUAAUUGAGCAGACCCAGCGUCUUGCUCGUGAAGAGGCUUUCUAUCUGAAAAGCCAGAAACUCAAGGAUUCAGAUCAGAAACGCGCUUCUUCAAGGCUCAGAGCCAAGUCAAGCAGCCGGACCCUGCGAAGUGAACGAACUAGCCAAGAUACUCGCCGAAGCAGAAGUGCCGAACCACUCCCAAGGAAGGAAGACAACAGCCGUGCUGGCCGAGGCCGCAAAUUCCGAUAUGACACGGAGGGUGCGACCUGUUUAUCUUCGGAAUACAAAAUAACCCCCGAUGCGGCCUGGGAGCGACUACAGCAACACAAUGCCCAGAUCUGGAAGGAAAAGAUCGAUGCGGCGCUCAAGUUCCAAGGCACGUCUAUCAAAGAAGUUCGCAAUCUCUUUUCCGGUGCAGACGAACCGCCAGAUGAUGUGAAAGAGACAGAGACUAUUCUUGCUAUUCCAAAUAGACCGGGUCUCAUGUCCGCAUUGAUCAGCGAUGUGAAUCUUGUAAUCGACAAACCUACGUUCCCAACCGAAGAAAUCCCCGCUUUCCUUCACAAAAUCGGUAAAGGAAUGCCCAUGGACAUGAAAUAUGGCCUACUCCUCCCGAUGAGUUUCAACCUGGAAAUGGGCGAAGCACGCGUCAACCUGCGAGACUAUCCACUUGAUUUGAUACAUAUUCCUGCCCUUCGCCCUGGGCAAUCUCCAAGGCUUCCCAGUUGGUCUUUGCGGACAAAUUUCGUGAUCGCCGAAGAGUUCCGAAACCAUGAAUCUGCUCGACAGGUUGAUGUUGAGCUUGUUCCCAAGGCCGAACUGCCCAACGGCGUCCACAGUGAUCCUUUCCAUAUCAAGGUUUGGCGGUCGGUUACUCCAGUCAAAACGUACUCAGAACCCACUGUCGAGAUCAAUACGAGCCUGCCAACAAGUAUUUCUUGGGGCGUUUCAUACCAGCCAGUCAUUCAGGAUAUGAUGAAGAUCAUCGAAGGGUUCACCAAGCCUGAGGUCGAUCCUUCUGAGCGGGUCGGUUUCUGGGAUAAGAUUCGAUUGAGUUUCCAUUCUCGGAUAAGAGUGCGAUGGAAGGAAGAUGGCGACGUUCACCUGCGUCUGAAAGGCUCUCGAGAUCCGUACGUGGUAACUGGGUUUGGAAGUGGUUUUGUUAUGUGCUGGCGAAGAGAUGUCAAAUUUGAGAUCCAUUCCAGCGACGACCCCAUGGAGUUUAUGAGCGUCACCAGUGGCGAGUAUGUUUUGGCCAUUCCAGACUAUAGUGCGGAAGCUCGAUGGGCGAAUGAAACGUCAACUGAAGAUCUCGAGAGCAGCUCUGCCUCUAGCGAGCAGAAAAAUGCUGCCCACUUCAAAAAGGUUGUCAUGAAGCUGUCUGGAGAUGUCAAGUGGGCUGCCGGGUUGGUCUUUGAACGCGACGUCCGUGACGAUUCGCGAUCCUCAGGCUUUGAAUUCAAGAAUCAUUACGAUGUUGUUCUCAAAAACCCCAAGUAUAUCGACUCGGCAGAGCGUGCUGGCUACGAUGCAUUCCGGGGCUUCCGCAGGACUGGUCGCUUGAUGGCAUUCAACCCUCUUCAAGCUACAACACCACACACUUAUCCCCCCCGCUUCUUCACACACUUCUUCAACUGGUGGUCCCUUUUCUCCGGUGUCAUGUCACUUCCAGUGCGCCAAGGUCCUCUGUUCCCAGGAAUCACCAAAACAAGCAAGAAGUUCAACCGUCACUUGGCUACUGUCAAAUACAAGCUUCUCCUCGCGCCCCUAUUUGUGGCUCAUAUCUAUAAGCACAAGGAUCGCGAAGAUUAUGCUGAGAAUGCUGUCACUGCCACUGGUCUGAAGGUUCGCCUUGACUCCUUCAAGCUAGAUGUUCACCAGCGACGUGAGCAAAUCAAGAUGCAAGCUCGUGGUCGCUCUAAGCAAACUAAGACAAGUGCCAUGCGCAUGAAUCAAGCUCUCAUUGACCUCCAGUCAGCCGACUUCAGGGCUGUCUCUGCUAGCAUUGAAGGCACGAGAGCAGAGGAUAUCGCUCAAAACAGGGAUGAUAUCAUCUCGACUUUCCAGCAGCCAGUUGCCUCUGUUGAUCUUUCUCGAUUCACAAUCCCCGACCAAAACUUGGAUUGGAUUGAUAUGGAUGACUUCGUGGAGCCCGACUGGAUCCUCCCACAAGAGUCAAACCCUAAAACACAGAUUCUGCCACUGGCAUUCACCCCUCGACUCACCUACUUCCGCCAAACCGAUCACGAUGAUGUUGGGUCCGAAGAGACUGGUUUUAGUACUUUCGGUUAUGAACCUACUCAUGACUGUGUCAUGUCCGAGACCAACGAUCCCCGCCGCGUUCAGAUCGAAUUGACCAAAGACCGCCUCGCAACGGUCGAAGCGCAGAUCCGCAAUUACGAUCGCACUAUUGGAGAACAAGAGCUCAAGUUAAUGAAGGAUGUGGAUCAUGACCCUGAACUCAAAGAAAAGCACGAGACCUACCUUCGCCAGGCUGAAUCCCUGGCCCGGCGACGAAAGUUCUUGACGGCCACCUUGCACCGCCUCGAGAGACACCUGGCACGAGACGAGCGCAGCCACAAGUCGGGCCCCAAUGCUAAUACGAGUGAAACCUCUUCACGAACCGGUUUCGAUGCGGAAUCUACGGCUGAUGGUCGUUCUCCUGGCCUUGACGGCCUUUAUUCAUCAGCCGCGGAUGACUUCUCAAGCGACUUCAACAAUCGAUUCAUGAUUCACAACGUGCAGCUGAAAUGGAACAACUCACUUCGGAACAUCAUCCUGCGGUAUAGUCACCAGGUUAGCCAGCGUCGAGGAUUCGUUUACUACAUGUCCAGACGAGCAGUCAAGUUCAUCCUUGAUAUUGUCGAGGAGCAGAAUAAGAAUGAUCGGAAGAAUUCCAAGGCAUCCAGAACACAUACCCGCAGUGACAACGAGGACGAGAACGAAGUCGAAGAUCGCAUUGAAGAGCUGCUUAAUAGCGCCAAGCGCUUUGUCAAUGCUGAAGAAACCGAUCCUUCUGACUCGAACAAUGAAUCACCUACCAAGUCCGACGACUCAAGCGAGAAUAUUGCUCCAGAGUUCACCCCGCAGAAUAGCUACUACUUACGACUCAUUGCUCCUCAGAUUCAACUCCUUAGCGAGAAGAACCGCAAGUCCGUCUUGAUGGUCGCUGCCAAGGGCAUGGAGCUUAAGGUUGUGUCAAUCAUGGACAAGGAACGUGUCGCAGACGAUGUCAGUGGCCUGGUCCAGCGCCGUUUCUCUCUUGAGAUGGAUGGUGCCCAGUUCUUUGUUGCAACACAGAAGAAUCUCAUGAACAACUUGCAAUUUUACGCUGGCAACAAAUACGGCAACGCCCCAGGAUCUGCAUGGCCUCCGUGGUUGACCCUCGAGGCUAUGUUCGACUUCGAGCUCAAUCCGUUUGGCUUCUCUCGCAUUGUUCAGAAAACAUCCGCUACCCUCCGCUAUGACAAAUACAACAACCUUCGUCUGAAGUACAAUGAGGAGGUGGCCAAGGGUAACCAUGGGCCGCAUCCCGGAGGUGAUGAAACCCGCAUGGACCAGAUUAGCGUCGACUUCCCCCACUUCCGUGCAAUCUGUGACUCCGCCGAAUACUACACCCUCUACAUUAUCGUCCUGGAUCUCAUGAUGUAUAGCGAGCCGCUCGAGAAGGUUCGGAACGAGCGCCUGGAGAAGAUCAUGCUCAUGUCCGAUUUCAGCGAUCUUCGCGGUGCGCCGGAGAUGGUUUUCAAGCUUCAGGCACGCAUUCGUCAACUCGAAGAGAUCAAAGAAUACUUCCAGAUCAACGCCAAGUACCUGGAUACACAGGGCUGGGAGGAUCGUUUGGCUCUGGAGCGCGACUUGUCACACUGUGAGGAUGAGCUCUUCUUCAUGAUGGAAGCCAUCACUACUUCCCAGAGACGAGCUGAACCUAGUGCGUCGAAGAAGAAUGACGGCGUCUUGCGGUGGAGCAUUUCUGCAAGCGAAGUCGUUUGGCACUUGAUGAAAGAGGCAUCUGCCCCCUUGGUCGAGUUCCAGCUCAAGAAUGCCCAAUAUGAGAGGACAGACAACACAGAUGGGUCCAACAAUAACCUGGUAGCCAUCGAAAAAGUCAGCGGAUUGAACUUGCUGCCGGAUGCAAUUUAUCCUCAGAUCAUCGCGCCAUAUCUUGACCAAGCACGCCCGUUGGAUGACUACAUGCUCCGAGUCAAGUGGCAUAUGCUGGAGGCUGUUGCUGGAAUCCCCGUAGUCGACAACUUCGAAGUUAUGUUGUUCCCGCUUAAGAUACAACUCGAACGUGAGCUUGGUCAAAGGCUUUUCGAGUACAUCUUCCCUAAUAUGGGAUCGGGGGCGUUUGAAAGCGGUGGUUUCUCGCCUUUUAUGAUAAAGAACAUGAAGCCGCUUGAUGGGUCCGACGAUGAGGACGAUGAAGACGACGAGGACUCAAUGAGUUAUUCGAUAAGCACCGACGGAGACAGUGUCCUAAUGGAUGACCUGCAAGCUUCGAAGGGCCCUGGCUCUAUCGAGCUUAGAUUACAACCGACCCUGUCUCUCUCUGGAGAAGGCAAGUCUAAUCGACGGCCGAGCCAUCUCAGAGGCCUUGCGAUGACACCCAUCCACCGGAGCAGCACCCAGCUGGGAGUACCAGAGCCUCGCAAACUGCCCCGUCCUUCAACAACUGGCGCCCUUACCAAGAAGAAAUCAGCCGACAGCAUUCGCAUGUUGGCGAAGCAGCCUACCGAGCGAUCUUUAUCCAGCCACAGUACAAGCGCUGGCGAAGAAAGAAGGAAGUUUGGUAUCAGCAAGGGUUCUCGACGACGCAAGUCCUCAGAGCCGACGGACGACCUUUCCCAGAUGAUGUCCCGAGCAUCCAAUUACAUGACCCUGGCGCAAGUCAAGGUCCACGAUGUGGUCUUAUGCCUGAGUUACAAGGGCAAGGGUGAACACAACUUCGAGGAUCUGCACAAUUUCGUCUUCCGCCUCCCAGUUCUCGAAUACAGCAACAAGACCUGGUCAAACCUUGAUCUUGCUUUGCGCCUCAAGAAGGAUGUCAUCAAGGCUCUCAUCUCCCAUGCCCCUGCCAUUCUUGGAAACAAGUUCUCGCAACACCGUCCUACCAAGCAACAGCAGAAGCGUUUCCGUGAGCUUGCUUCGUCGUCGCAAUUGCUUUCCAGUUCGACUAUCUUGCCCCCCGAACGUAGCCAGGCCUCAAGCAUGUUAAGUUUCGACUCUAAUAGCGAGUACUCUGGUUCUCCAUCGCGGAAGUCUAUGCAGUCGAAUGCCUCGCCCCUAGCUCGAUCAAUAUCCCUAAGCUCCGAUACGCGGGAACGGGGGCAAGACAACACCAUUUCUGAUUCACGGUCUGCCGGAGAUGUUGAUGUCGAUUCUCGCUGGGAGGAGUCGCGUCGUUUCGUCAAUGACCCCGUUCGGCCCAUGACUUCUGGCCAAAUAAUCACUACAGUCGAAGCCAAUGGGGCUGAACAGGACGAUAGCCACAAGAAUACCAUCCGCAACCUGGGCCGAAAGUUGAUGGGUAGUCGAAAGUGA